AUGACUGAUGGGUCCAGUUUCACCAUCAGCUCUGCUGCUCUGGCCCACAGUGGAGAGUACCGGUGUAGAGCUGCAAGAGGAAGAAAACCUUUUUACUCAGUCUACAGUGAUCCUCUGACUUUAGAAAUAUCUGAGGUCUUCCACAAAGAAACAGUGACUCUGAUGUGUGUAAUUCAGGGCAGUUCUACAGAGUGGAAGUAUAAAUGGUACAGAGAUGGACGGGAGCUUCCUGUAGACAAAGCUGACUCCAGCAGUGUAAAUGGAGACACAUACACAAUCCUCUCUGCUGAUCAGUCACAUGCUGGACUGUACACCUGCAGAGGAGAACUUACAAGGAGAGCAUCUGUACACUCUCAGGUUGGCAGCUCUGCUAAUUUGAGUGUUCGAGGUAAUUAUGAUGUAUUUUCAAAACCAUUGAAAGAGCAGAAUGCAUAUUUGAAAGCAGGUGUCUUGUCUCUCCCACAAGCUCAGCUGACCGUGCAGUCUGGAUGGACAGACGUCUUCCCCACUGAAACAGUGACUCUGAGGUGUGUAAUUCAGGGCAGCUCUACAGAGUGGAUGUAUAAAUGGUACAGAGAUGGACGGGAGCUUCCUGUAGACAAGGCUGACUCCAGCAGUGUAAAUGGAGACACAUACACAAUCCUCUCUGCUGAUCAGUCACAUGCUGGACUGUACACCUGCAGAGGAGAACUUACAAGGAGAGCAUCUGUGCACUCUCUGAUUGGCAGCUCUGCUAAAUUGAGUGUACGAGUAUUACCUCAAACAUAUCUGAUCGUGCAGUCUGGAUGGACAGAGGUCUUCCCCAAUGAAACAGUGACUCUGAGGUGUGUAAUUCAGGGCAGCUCUACAGAGUGGAAGUAUAAAUGGUACAGAGAUGGACGGGAGCUUCCUGUAGACAAGGCUAACUCGAGCAGUGUAAAUGGAGACACAUACACAAUCCUCUCUGCUGAUCAGUCACAUGCUGGACUGUACACCUGCAGAGGAGAACUUACAAGGACAGCAUCUGUACACUCUCUGAUUGGCAGCUCUGCUACAUUGACUGUUCGAGGUAAAUAUGAUUUAUUUUGCAUGUCCACAGUAAACUGAUACAUUUCAAUUGCAAACUCUUUGCCACUAUUUACAAUUUUGUGUGUGCCAGGCUUGCACUGCCUUACAUUAACCGAGUAAAUACUGUUCCCUUGACUGAGAUUUUGAAAAAAACCAUUUGGCAGUUAUUGGUGCCAU